AUGCUUUCGAGAUACGCUAGUAGACAUCUAGCUACAUCAAGAACUGUUUCUCGUGGCAAGAUCUACUCAAAGAUCAACAGCCAUGAAGAUUUGGAAAAACUCAUAAACACACCAUCCUGGAAUGUGAGCGAAGCAAUCCCAAAUCCCGACACCAUUGAAGAAGACAUCACUCCAGAAUUGGUUCUGAAACUUCUAAAGCAGUCUGGCCUUCCUCACAAUGUCUCACCAGACUUGUUUGAGAAGAUCCAAGAUGCAUUGAGAACACAGGUCGGCUUCAUUGAUGAACUCUACGAUCCAGGAAUGAGCCAUGGAGAGAGACGCGCCAGAGCCCCUUACUUUGAAGCAUUUGUUAAAGCAAGUUGA